AUGGGGAGGCUGUUGGACAUAAGUUAUUUUCUUUCACUCUUCUUCAUCCUCAUCAUCAUCAUUUUAAACCCUUCUUCAUCUGCUACUCAAGUUUACGAUGUCAAGAGUUUUGGAGCUAAACCCGAUGGCCUAAGCGACUCCACCAAAGCAUUCCUCAAUGCUUGGGCUGCAGCAUGUGCCUCCACGGCUUCCUCCAUCAUAUUUGUACCAAAAGGACGCUAUUUGCUUCACCCUGCUGUGUUUUCAGGCCGAUAUUGUACAAGCGCCCGUAUCACAAUUCUCAUUAAUGGAACCCUGGUGGCUCCAGCUGACUACCGCAUUCUCGGAAAAGCUAACAAUUGGCUCAGCUUUGAAGGAGUUAGUGGCGUUUCUAUCUUGGGAGGGGCUUUUGAUGCCAAAGGACCUGCUUUGUGGGCUUGCAAAGCUGCAGGAAACCAACAUUGUCCAAGCGGAGCCACGACGCUGAGCUUUACCAACUCCAACAACAUUAUGAUAAAGGGAAUGUUAUCAUUAAACAGUCAGAUGUUCCACAUUGUCAUAAAUGGCUGCAGCAAUGUGCGCCUUCAAGGAGUCAACAUCAUAGCAUCCGGAAACAGCCCAAACACAGACGGCAUUCACGUCCAGCGUUCAACCAACAUCGCCAUUAUCCGCUCCACCAUCAGAACUGGUGAUGACUGCAUAUCAAUCGGUCCAGGCACCAAGAACUUGUGGAUGGAAGGCAUCGAAUGCGGUCCAGGUCACGGCAUCAGCAUAGGAAGCCUGGCCAAGGAUUUGGAAGAAGAAGGGGUGCAAAAUGUGACAGUAAAAAAUGCAGCUUUUACAGGUACCCAAAAUGGGUUGAGGAUUAAGAGUUGGGCCAGGGCCAGCACAGGAUUCGUCAAGGGGGUCCAUUUUGAAGGAGUCACCAUGGACAAUGUCCAAAGCCCCAUCGUCAUAGACCAGAACUACUGUCCCCAUAAUCAAGGUUGCCCUUCUCAGGAAUCAGGGGUAAAAGUGAGUGACGUGACAUACAAGGGAAUUCGAGGAACAUCAGCCACAAAGGUUGCAGUAAAAUUUGACUGCAGUGCUGCAAAUCCAUGUACAUCGCUAAGACUAGAAGAUGUAAAACUAACUUACACAAAUGAGGAUCAAGUGGCUCAAGCAUCUUGUAGCAAUGCAAACGGAAAGGCCUAUGGUUUGGUCCAGCCAAAUAGUUGUUUGUAA